AUGGAGGGAGAGAGAAAUAGUCAUUCUCAAGUCCGGGGACUUGCUCAUACAAAAAGAAACAGGCCAACAGCUAGCCCGAAAGCAAUCCACCGGACUGCUGCCGACCGAGCUGGUCGAGAUGACGUCCAGAGGCCUGCCGUGGACCCGCAUGCAAGUGAAAGACGGAUGCCGAUGUGCGAGUCACAUAGCGGACCCCCUGGUCAUCGCCACAUGGCUGGAUUUUAUGCAACGCAGUUGCUGAUUGGCCUUGGUGCUAGCGCGGCGACUCUCCAACAGCCGGGGUGGCCCACGUUACUGGCUGUAUUGUGUCUUAGAAAUUGGAAUCCAUUAUCCGAGGGGUGCGAGCGACGGAUGUUGUCCGAGCCCCAGGCCCACCACCCCGGUCUGAAAGAAUUCUCAACUUGGGCGACUGAUUGGGGAGCGGCUAUACUAAGCGGUCAGGCCAUGGGAGGGAAGAUGUCAUGGCGCGCUGAUGUUGGAAUUUGGGGGGGCCGCGUGACUCCACGGGACUUUCCCCACCAGUGGGAAAAGCAUUACUACCAGCCAAGCCGGGCAACUGGAGCCUUGCUUGUUGUCGGCGUGGCACUCUCCCUACCGUCGAAUGACCCAACGCCACCGAGGCAUUUAAUAAUCGCGCGCCCACCAACUAACCAAAUGUCAUCGUGCAUGGUGAGGCCCUCCAUCACCCGGACUCAAAAGCCAGUUCAGAAACGCCAAGACUGUUUUAGCCGGUCUCCAAAAUACCAGACAAGCUCAAUGUUAAGGCUUUGGGCGUGGGAUGGCGGUAAUUUUGCUUCCCUGUGGGCUGAACCAGUCUUACCCACUCCCCUCGCAAUUCCUCCGAGCGCAUUCAGACCGAGGAUGUCCAAUUGUCUUGAAAGGGGACUAAUGUACUCAGUGUCAGACCAUGAGCACUAUGCAGGACGCAACCACUAA